AUGAGUGCCAUCGGUGGACUCCAAACUGGGCUGGGUCUUGGCAGCCUUCAAAACAGUUUCUCUCAAUCGCUUCUACACGCUCCGGGACAGAUAGAUGAUGCGAGUUCAUUCUAUGGCACUACUCAAGCUCUUCCGUCAUCAUUGAAUCAGUCACUGCAACAACAGGACAAGCUGAAGCUGAUGGACAAUCUCAGUAAUUCGCUUAACGCCUCACCUUUUCAAGGAACGUUACCCCUGAACACAAAUUAUAAUUCAUGUCAAUACCUGGGCCCAGAAGUCUCUAGUCAUUAG